AGCCCACUAGUGAGUCAGAAAAAAGUGUGAGUGACCCAUAUCCGUUAAAAAACCCGCCAACCAUUGACCCUUUAUAUAUCAAAAUUCCACUCCAUUUUCUCACUCUUGUGCUGACUUGACUUCACACUUUAGAGAGAGAAAGCAAGAGAGAGAGAGAGAGCCGUCAGCCACAUUACUAGGCUUCAAAGGCUUUCAAAGGAUAUUUUUUCUUUAACCAUGCAAUGGCUGCACCAGUCUCCUUUGGCAUUGUAACUUCAACUUGAGCAAAGAGGAUUUUUUUUUACCUGGACUGAAUGGAGCAGUAUGAGAAAGUUGAGAAGAUUGGGGAAGGAACCUAUGGUGUAGUUUAUAAGGCUCGUGACCGUACGACUAAUGAGACUAUAGCUUUAAAGAAGAUUCGCUUGGAGCAGGAAGAUGAGGGAGUACCAAGCACAGCAAUACGGGAAAUCUCCCUCUUGAAAGAAAUGCAGCAUGGGAACAUUGUCAGGUUACAGGAUGUUGUGCACAGUGAGAAGCGCUUAUAUCUGGUUUUUGAGUACCUUGACUUGGAUCUUAAGAAGUACAUGGAUUCAUCUCCAGAAUUUGCAAAGGAUCUACGUCAAAUAAAAAUGUUCCUUUAUCAAAUUCUCCGUGGCAUUGCUUAUUGUCAUUCUCAUAGAGUUCUUCACCGAGAUUUGAAACCCCAAAAUUUGCUAAUAGAUCGCCGUACGAACGCGCUAAAGCUUGCUGACUUUGGACUGGCCCGAGCAUUUGGUAUUCCAGUCAGAACAUUUACACAUGAGGUGGUGACCCUGUGGUACAGAGCUCCAGAAAUAUUGCUUGGAUCCCGCCACUACUCUACCCCUGUUGAUGUGUGGUCAGUUGGAUGUAUAUUUGCUGAGAUGGUUAACCAACGAGCAUUAUUUCCUGGGGACUCUGAGAUUGAUGAGCUAUUUAAGAUUUUCAGAGUCUUAGGUACUCCAAAUGACAAUACAUGGCCUGGUGUGACAUCUUUGCCUGAUUACAAAUCUACCUUUCCCAAAUGGCCCUCCAAGGAUCUGGCUACUGUGGUUCCAAGUCUUGAUUCAGCUGGAGUUGAUCUUCUUUCUAAAAUGCUCUGCUUUGAUCCCAGCAGAAGAAUUACAGCCAGGAGUGCUCUUGAGCAUGAAUACUUCAAAGAUAUCGGGUUUGUACCCUGAUUCUCUGUAACCAUUCUGUUGGAGAAGUAUAUAUAUUAAUGUGUAGAAUUCUAUGGGUUUUGAUUGUGUGAGAAAUAUGUAUGAAGUCUUUAGUUGCCUUUUUUUUUUUUUGGUUGAAUUUUAGAUUUCUUUAAUUUGGUGUUAGAUGAAAAAAUUGGAACAACUAGAAUCUGCUUCAAUUUUUUUCCCCUUACCUCCUUGUCCUAAUGGUAACUGGCAUUUUCUUUCCAAUGCGCCUGUAAUUGACAGUAUCAUGUAUGAGAGAAAACAUAGUAUUUUUAUUUUUGUUA